UGCUGGAACUAAUAACUAGGAGUCCUUUAGUCUGCAGGCGUCGGGCGAAACGCAGUCCUUUGCCUUCCUCCUUAACCUAAACAACUUUUGGAGCAACUAGCAUGUUUUACACUAACCGAGGGGUUAUCAUUUAACCACAAGUGCACGGAUGCCAGAGGGGACGACACAUGGAUAACUAACCCCUUGAUUUGUCAGUGUAAAUUCUGUGUAAUGGGGAGGCUACCUUCCUCACAGCAUACCGUUCGUGUUACUGCUUCUCACUGGUUAUGAUAUACCGCCUGUCUAUUUGUUUCCAUCGUAGCCUACACCUCGGAAUCUCAUCUCUGUGUAGACAUGUCGUAGGCUAUUUCCCUUUCCACACUCUCAACAUGGGUAGGCCUAAUUGAUUAACAUGUUAUCAUGUUGAUCAAAAUGAAAUGCCCAAUCAUUUGGUGGAUAUGAGGACAACAUAUGCCCGCAAUAGCCUUUAUUGUUGAAAUACAUAUGGACCAUUAUUUUUCCUCACUCUCCACCAGCCAAACGGAGGAGCCAGCGUCCACUGACUACCUCGACCCUAUCCCGACCACCAUGGGGAACCACGCUGGCAAGGACAGUAUUGGCCAUACAGGUUCUCCUCUGGAUUUCUUCCACACGCCUCCUACGAGCCCCUCAGAAGAAGCCCAGCUCGCUGCUUUGGCCUCCUCCUCCUCCUCAGUCUUCACCAACAAGAUGCAGACCCCCUGCCGCCCCUGCAGUCCCUGCCCCCCUACCCCGACCCCGAGCAACUGCCCGCGGCAGCAGGUCCUUCAGGGGGAGUGGGCACUGAUCAGCAUGGAGAGUCAACCUUCUCCACAGAUGUCUCUGAGUCACGAGAAAAAGGAAGAGGAAGAGGCGGGAGCAAAGCAUUGUGGGAACAUGGGCUCACUCAGCCCGGCGCCGAUGCCGCUGCCCUGGGGCUCGCCGACGGAACAAGUCUGGCAGGAGAGAGACAGUGGGCUGGAGUCCCCGCUGGGGGCCGAGCAGGUGGGCCAGGAGACGAGUCUGGUGAUGCGGAGUCUGAUGGAGUACUACAGGGCCUCGCUGGGCCUCAGCCCCGGUCCUGACGACUCAGUCGGAGCAGUAGAGCUCCUCAGGCGCUUGGUGUCAGAGAGGGGUGAGCUGGUCGAGGAGGUUAACGGCUUAAAGGAGACUCUACGGACUGAGAGGGCAGAGUGGCUGCAGUUCCAGCGUGACCUGCAGGUGGCGGUGUCCGUGGCGGACAGGCUGCGUGCGGAGGCCGAGCAGGCGCUGGACGCGGUCCGGGAGCACCACGGCGCCGCGGAGGCCCGGCUGGCGCAGGCCCUGAAGAGACAGCAGGAGCAGGACCGGGAGCUGCGGGACCUGGAAGCCCAGCACCGAGACGCCCGUCAUCAGCUGUCCACGCUGAACGCAGAGAGGCGGCGGCGGCGGGGGCACACGGGGUCGGACGCUCGAAUCAGUGCACGCGGUUUGGCGAAGGAUGGAGCAGAGCCAGAGGUGAAUGUGGUGGGAGACUCCUCCUCGGAGGAGCAGGGUAACGACGGGAAAGAGGAGGGUAGGCGGCAGAACUGCGCACUGGUCGCGGUGGGAAAGAAGGACUUAGAGGAGAAGCUGCUUGAAGGGGUGCACACGGAUGUGGAGGCUCAGGAGGUGGAAGGACAUUGCGAGGCACAACCUAAAGGUGUGGAGGACGGAGGGACGCAUGGCUGCGUGGGGAGCCUCGGGGGGGAGGGUGACCUGGAGUCGGAGAAGACGCAGCUUGCUGGAAAGGGUGUCGCUGAGGCUUACAUUCUCAGUUUGGCUGCCAUUAAGAAGAAGGAGGCGGAGGCAGGCAUCGGUACUCCAGACCACAGGAGAGUUUUGAUGCUUUCUGAAAGAUCCUGGAGCCUUUCUCGACUCCCUCUCCCUGAAAACACCAAUAAAAGCAGCCCCUGCCAAAACAACAGUUCAACGUUGCCGCUAUGCAAGAAGGAAGAGCCUGCCAAAGAGAAAAAGACGACUAGGCUUCUGCAACGGCAAGACAGUUGGUCCAAUUUUUCUACAAAAAAGCCGGAUGAGGACCCAAACCCUGAUUCCAAUAGACCUCAGGAUGCCUUUAGCGUUCUGCUACGACGUCACGGCGGCUCCAGGAGAAACGCCUUGCUCCGCUGGUGCCAAACACGUACCAAGGGAUAUAAGAAUAUUGAGAUCACAAACUUCAGCAGCAGCUGGGAGGACGGCCUGGCCUUCUGCGCCGUGUACCACACCUACAUGCCAUCGCACGUCCCAUACGGCAGUCUCACACCUGAGGACAAGAAAGGCAACCUGGACCUUGCUUUCCAAACUGGGAACAGUAUUGGAAUCACAGCCACACUGACGGUGGAGGAGAUGCUCAAAGCAGACGGACCCAACUGGCAGAGGGUACUGGGAUACAUUGAAGGCAUCUUUCGCCACUUUGAGAUGUGAUCAACCACCUUCAACCACCCCAAGCUUCCUUCAAAUGUUGUGACCCAUCCCCGAGCAGAAAGGACUGAGGACCACUCCUCCACAGGGAGCAGCACGAGAACCACAUCUCUUUCAAAUGGCCUGGGCCACGCAAAGCAAUAUGAGGCACUAUGAUAUUUUGUGUGUAAAUGUAUAUCUAUGAAUCUUUUAUUUAUAUGAACACUUCCAGUCACGCAUGUCACAUCUGUUCUCAAACUCGAUGCACAACAGAGGGAGGGGCUGGACGUGAAGUUUAUAUGCUGGCCCGGUAAAACGUAUGAUUGUAUUCACUGUGUGAGUGGGUGAAAGGUGAGAGACGAGAUGCUAUUUAAUUUUUAACAAUUUACAACCUAUAAACAGUUUCCAAACGUCGAGUCACAAUAAUAAAGUUAUAUGUAUACAUUUAUAAUGGUGCCAGUUUGG